AUGGAAUUUCCUUGCUUUUAUCCUGACUCAGAAGAAUAAAGCAUUUUAAAAAAUAGAUAUGGAAAAGAAUAGUAUAUAUAAUCUAAUAUAGAAGAAGAGGAGAACGAAGAAUCAACUGGAUUUAGAUCUACAGAAUCAUAGUAUUUCUCAUAGAACACAAAUAAUGAAUAAUUAUUAGAAAUAGAAAAUACUGAUGAAUCAGCUGAGAGUAGAGCAAAAUAGGGCAAAUAAUUGAAAGUUAUCGAUAAGAAAAAUAGCAGUGAAGAAAAUAAAUAGCUAGCUUUUGUCAAAAAAGAAAUGGGAUACAUUUCAUUUAAAUUUAAUAAGUCCAUUUUGACAAAAGAAUUCUAUCACCUGUGCUAUGAUUUUUUUAUUCUUGCAGAUUUAUUUGGACGAAAUAUUGAUGACGUAGAUGGAGAUUAGUUAGCUUUUGAACACAUGAGUAAGUUGUGCCUGAUAAGACCCACUAGCACAUAUAUGAAAUACAACAAUUUUACUGCAUAUUUACUUGAAAUAACGGAAACUGGUUUAUAAGAUCAUACAAUAGCAAUUAAUAGACUAGUAAAUGCUUAACACAUUACUGCUUAUAAUGUGGCGAAUCGUUUACAAGAAUUAUAAAAUGUAUUCUAAGAAAUGUACAAUUUUUCCAAAAAAUUAAAAUCUAUUUAUAACUGGGAGAAAGUUAGAGAAGAUUUAAAUCGCAACUAUGAAAAUUCUUUUGAGAAAGCCUUGCAAUAUAUUAAAAAGAUAUUAAAUUUAGAAAAUUAAUAUAUAAGUUUUGUGAUAAGGCGCAUUUGUCCACAAACUCUAACCGAAAAAUACUGUGCCAAUAUAGCAUCUGACGCAUUGGUAAACCUUAUAUCGAACAAUAAGCUUUAGGAAGCCAACAUAUUUUUUAUCAGAAAAUGUUUUCCCAAUAUUUUAGAUAUGAGAUCUUUGCAGGAAAUGAUGUAUAAAUUUUCUUUUGAUGAAAUAACGCUUUAAUCUGUAGUAACAUGCUUGGAUGGAGAAUAAUUACCAUGUUAAUUGCAUCUAUCAAAGAUCAACUUAUGUGGGUAUGAAAUUUGUCCAGGAGUUACCCUUUAUGACUCAAUGAUCAUCUUUAAUUACCAAUUUAACCCAAACAUAAUCAAAGCUUUAGAAGAAAAAAGAACUAAAUCAAGCUUCAAAAUUGAUACUUUUGAUUUUCGAUAUAGUGCUGUAUCUGAAAUUUUUUAAGAUAAAUUUUAUAAAUGA